AUGAAGCUCUUUUACCAAAUAGUGUGCGGCCCCCUUUGUACACCGAGCCCUAUUUCGACGGUGGAGUGGUACUUGGUAUUCACAUCCUUGGCAGUCAUUCUUUCCCAGCUCCCAAAUCUCAACUCGAUUGCUGGGCUUUCGCUUAUCGGUGGCGCCACAGCGAUAAUGUACUGCACCAUGUCAUGGGUUCUCUCUGUGAGCCAGCAACGGCCGGCAGCAGUCUCUUAUGAACAAGUGAGAUCCACUUCUUUUGGCUCAUCACUGUUCUCUACCUUGAAUGCUCUUGGGAUAAUAGCCUUUGCAUUCAGGGGACACAAUCUUUCAUUAGAAAUACAGAUGCCACCAGGAGGGAUCCUGACCGCCCUCUACAUCUUCCACGGCCACGACAUCUCUCGUGGGCUCCUCGCGGCGACGUUCCUCCUCGUCGUGUUCAACUGCCUUAGCAGCUUCCAGAUAUACUCCAUGCCAGUGUUCGACAGCUUCGAGGCCUUCUACACAGGUCGCACCAACCGGCCCUGCUCAGUCUGGGUCCGGUCCGGAUUCAGGAUCUUCUACGGGUUCAUCUCGCUCUUCAUCGGCAUCGCUCUGCCGUUCCUCUCCAGCCUCGCCGGCCUUCUGGGCGGCCUAACGCUGCCGGUGACGUUUGCCUACCCGUGCUUCAUGUGGAUCUGCAUCAAGAAGCCUGAGAGGUUCAGCUACAGCUGGUACGUGAACUGGGGCCUCGCCCUGCUCGGCACCGCCUUCAGCUUGGCCUCCUCUGUGGGUGGUGUCUGGAGCAUCAUUAACACUGGGAUGAAGCUCAAGUUCUUCAAGCCCAACUAG